AUGACUCGCAUUACGCCAACUAUUAAAAGAACCUUUCCACUUCUUCUUUUGUUCAUAUUAUUCUGUUUUAAUAAUGUUCAAGCAAAUUUACAUCAGGACACAAUUUUUGUUAGUGACACUCAAACCGGUCUCAGUAAUAUAGAAAAAGGUAAAUCUGUUGAAAUUACUGCUGAAAAAGUUGAUAAAACACCAAGUCUAGAAAGUAGCGCCAAAGGAAUUCUUUUCACUGUUGAUAACCCAUGCUCAGACUUUACAACAAUCAUACCUUCAAAUAUACCUUCUAAAUUAAUCAACCAAGCAAUAGCAGUUAUCAAACGCAGUGCCGCCUGUCCAGAUCUACAACAAUUUGUUAAUGUACAAAAAUUUGGUGCAAUUGGAGCAAUUGUAUAUGAUGCUGCUGCUACAUCUUCAGAUAUCGUCAUUGAUGAUACAAUUAAAAUUCCAUUCUAUAAAGUUGACCGUGAAUCAGGAGAAAAUUUAUCCAGUACUGUUACGACAUUGGCAAAAGAACCUGCAACUGAUAAAGGAUUUAGAAUGAUUCGUAUUAUAAUCGACGCAUCGUCACAAGGCGGUUUUGGCAGUGGUUGGCAAAUCGCAAUCAUUGUAAUUGGUUCUUUACUUGCUAUUUCAUUUUUGAUAUCAGUUUUGAUUCAUUGUCGCUUAUAUCAACUUCGUCGCUAUGAACGUGAUGCAAUGAUGGCUCAACAUGAAUCAAAUAUUUCUAGUAAAUUAGAUUCAUUCAAAUUAGAAUCAUCAGUAGUCAAAUCAUUCCCUACAAUUUCCUAUUCAAAAGACCUCCAUACCAAAAAGAGCGACUCAAAAACUGAAUCAACUCCUGGAAGUGUUCGUAGAUUAUCACUGUUAACAGAAGACGGUUCCUCCAAUGAUGUAUGUCCUAUUUGUUUGGAAGACUUUACUGAAGGUGAAACAUUAAGACAAUUACCAUCUUGCUCCCAUUUGUAUCAUGUAGACUGCGUUGAUGCUACACCACCAGAAAUUGCACAAAAGCGUGAAAAGAGAUUUGUGAAAACUGUAGAAGUUCAUUCCAGACUCGACAAUAUUUACCACAAUUCAAAUAAUCGUCGUCGUAGCACAAAUGAAAGCAACCCUUCAAAAUUAACUAGCUUCUUAGAAUUUUGUGGUUAUGGUGCUUCCACACAACGUGAAUCACAAUCACGUACUCGUCCAACUGGCAGCAAUCUCUUUGCCAUUCAAGAUGUCCCACCUGUUGCUUUUAGAUCCAGUCGGUCUGAAAAUCGAACUAAUAGUUUUGACAAUUUAAAUCCAUUUACAGCAUAA